GGAAAGGCUUCUUCCGAUGAACGAAUGGCAAGGCGUGGAAGAACGGGGAGUGCCGCUGCGUCGCCGGAGAGCAGCCGCGUGUCCAAGAUCUCCGACAUCAGCGAUGGCCUCACCCGAAGGCUCAAGGCACUGGGCAUCUUCAAGCUGUUCGACAUACAGAGGGCCUGCCUGCAGCCCAUACUCGAGGGUACGAGCAAGAAAGACCGAUGCCCGAUGAAUGCAAGAUGCCCUGUGCCGUCAUCAGGCCACGAUGUGAUUGGGUACAGCCGCACGGGCACCGGGAAGACGCUGGCAUACCUGCUGCCGAUAUUCCAGCGGCUGGAUGCACACAAAUGGGCGGCGGAGGAGCCCGUGCUGAUACUGACACCCACUCGUGAGCUGGCCGAACAAGUCGCCCUCUCUGCAUUCCAGUAAGGGAGAGAGCACACACAGGAGGAAAGGGCACUGCAGAGGAAGAGCUGCAUGUGUCCUUGUGUCAGGUUGUGUUCGUCAUCCAGCAGUGUGCACGUGUCGCUGCUGACUGGCGGUGAGUCUCUGAAGGUGCAGGAGGCCUCGAUGCGGGGAGGCGCACACGUCAUCAUCGGCACACCCGGUACAAGUCGCAUGUGUCAAGCGGCAUUCGUUUUCGUGUGUUCCCACUCACUGGCAGGGCGGGUGUGUGAGGCGUGUCGACAGGAUGUGCUGAGCCUCAAGGGCCUCAGAGUGGUGGUCAGCAGGUUCAUUCAGUGAGUGCAGGUGCGCAUGUGACCAUCGUAGUGCGUAUGUGCAGGUGUUGGAUGAGUUUGACGAGCUCAUCUCUCGCGGCUUCAGCGAAGGGCUAGACGAAAUCCUCAAGCACGGUGGGCGGGCCGUAAGACCGCACGUACCCACCCCCCACCCAUCCAUGUCUCUCGUUCUUCGCAGCGUCGAACUCGUCCUCGCCGCACCGUCACCAGACGUUGGCCUUCUCAGCGACCGUCUCGCCCUGGCUGCGCGACGCACUCAAGACAUACCUCACAAAGCCUAUAAUCAUCGACCAGAUUGGCAAAGGUACGCCUGGUGGGUGAGUGGAUGGCCUGAUUGCCGAAUACAUGUGUGUGUGCCUUGCUUGUACGCAGGCGAGUCGCCUGUCAGCGAUCGGGUGCAGCAUCUCAAAAUGAAGGUGUGUGAGUGGACAGGGAAGGCGACAACAUGGGGAUUUGUCAUUUGUGUUCGUUGUUCGCUCAACUUACCCACUCAGGUGGCCUCUUCCUCUGACGUCAAGCGUGUGCGUGCUCUGACUUACCUCCUCUCGUCAGCCGGGGAAGACGCCAACAGGUCAGCUAGACGAAGGAGAGAACGGCAGAUAUGUCUUCACCAGCUGUGUGUCUGCGUGCUUCACCAGGGUGAUAAUCUUCACGCAGACACGUCACGAGGCCAUCAUGCUGUCGCAGCACCGUUGGCUGCAGCCCAUGUAAGGACACGCGCUGCAUGCUCACUCACAGACUCACUCUGUUCCUUCCCGUUUCUUUUCCUCUUACAGAAGCCGUGUAUUGCACUCAGAGAUGGUCCAGACCGAAAGACAGGACACCCUCACCGACUUCAGGUGACCACCACCCCACACAAGAACAGCUCCCCCACACACGGAUGUCACGUGCUUGCAUUGGUGCGGCAGGCGUGAGUCCUUCCCCAUAUUGAUCACCACAAACCUGGCGUCGAGGGGGCUGGACUUCCCGGUCAGAAGAGCUACCAGCCAACACACUCGGAGAUACAUGGCAUCGGACACUGUGUGUGGCUGGCUGGUUGUGCAGGGUGUGUCGACAGUGGUGCACUACACGCCGCCCAAGACAGUUGAAGAGUAUGUCCACAGGGCCGGCAGGACAGGUACGCCAAAGUGCGCACACACAGACAAACACUAAUGGAUUGUAUCGAUUGGUAACGCUGUUGGUGUGCCAGGUCGCGGGAUGGAGGGAGGCAAAUCUAUCGUACUCUACGACGCAUCACAGGCAUGCCGUAUUCUCUUUUGCCCGUUUCUCAGCAAAUGAUCCAUGAAUGGACGUCUCGUGUGUGCAGGAGCGGACAGUGGAGCUCAUCCAGCGGGGAAUCAGGAAGGUCCGUGCACGGAACCAACAACGAAGAGCACACCAGACGCAUGACUUUCCCGCGUCUGUGUGGGUAGGUGUUUGGAGAAAUGGACGCGCCUGACGAGAGCAUCGUGCGUGAAGGGCUCAUCAAACGCAUGGGUGAACAACAGAACAGAACACGGCUCAGAAAGAGAUGCAUGAGAUGUCAUGCAUGGUUGCAUCAGAGGCUGACCUCGCCCCGUCUGAUCGGGUUGACGGCCGGGCGUACAUGGAAGAGGCCGACAAACAAAUGGACCUGCACGGACCAAAGUAACAGACACAGAUAGACAGCUGAGGUGCCCUUCCUGCCCCCAUGCACCAUAUAUGUGUGCUGUAUGUGUUGCUGCUCAUCCAUUUAUUCAUAUUCAUGUAGGCUGUUGGCGGCCUCCAUGGCUCUCCUGGAUCAGCGUAACAGGACAGCCUCGUGGGCGUCCCAGCUGUCUGGUCGAUUCGGCUACACGCCCAUCGUGCUGCAUGACCCCCUCAUGCAGCACCUACGCUCACGAGCACAUGUCAUGAGGUACACCUUUGGACACACGCAUGGACGCCCGCCAUGAGUGUGCACCCGUGGGCGUACGUAGGUUCUUGACCAAGCUGCUCCCCCGCAGUGUGUCGAAGGUCGGGCGGAUAGCCAUGGUGGCCAAAGUGGGAUACCUAGUGGUGAGUGAGCUGGACUACAACAGUCUCAGACAUCCCACAAAGGUGGCUCUGUUCGCUGCUGUUUUCGUCAGGACAUCCCGGUACAGCACGUGUCUCACGUAUUCCGUGCUGUCAAGGCCAGGACGGCCCCAGCUGCCGUGCACGUGUCCAUGCUGGCCAGGAACUGCAGAUGGCAGUGAUCGGUGA